AUGUAUAAUGAUGAUAGUACACACACACAUGCAUACACAAACACUCACUCACACAUACACACAUGCACACAACCACAGAUGAUACAGGACCCAUCAAGUGAGAAACUUUUGCCAGAUCCACUGAAAGAGCCCUGGUAUCAACCACCCUACACACUGGUCAUCGAAAUGACGGGGGUACUGGUACACCCUGAUUGGACGUUAUCAACGGGCUGGAGGUUUAAGAAGAGGCCAGGUCUGAAGUACUUCCUACAGCAAGUUGGACCACCCCUCUUUGAAGUGGUCAUCUACACCCACGAACAAGGAUUUACUGCCUACCCAAUAAUCGACAGCAUGGAUCCAGAGGGCAGAAUCAUGUUCAGACUGUUCAGAGAUGCCACCAAAUAUGUUAACGGAACGCAUGCCAAAGACUUAUCCUUCUUGAAUCGGGAUCUAUCAAAAGUCAUAAUUGUGGAUUGCGAUCCGAAAGCAAUGUCCCUACAACCAAGGAAUGGAUUCCUACUUCAAAAAUGGGAGGGGGACGAUUCAGAUAGGAAACUUGUCGAUCUGGCUAACUUCCUAAAGACUGUAGCGCUGAGUAAUGUCGAGGACGUGCGGCCUGUCAUGGAGUACUACGCCCAGUUCGACGACCCAAUCGCCGUCUUCAAGGAGAAGCAGAAACAACUGCAGGAUAUGGAGGAAGAAAAGGCGAAAUUGGAUGCGUCAAAGAAGCAGAAAUCAUCCUUACUGUCCAGUGUUACACGAAGAUUAAAAUGA